AACCUCUGGCGGGCGCUUGACUCGAUCAAUACCAACGCUAUACUUUACCUCUGUUUAUGGAGCUAACCGUAAUGCGCGCGUUAGAGGAGGUCAGCCACUCCAACACAUAGGCAUCCGAUGAUGGGCCACUGGUUGCCAACUUUGCAACUGUGGUGGUACGUCACCCAAAAUCCACGCCAUACGGUUGCAUCUAUACACAGAGAUAGUUUCGGUGUUCAAGAACACAUCGAUGCGCUAACCAAGUUCAGCACUUCAAACCCCACGUCUCAGUAGUACUCCAUGAUGCAGACACUUGUCCUGUAUGACACCCUCUCCAACCUACCAGGCAAUAACGUUUCAGCCAACCCCGCAAAGACGAGGUUCGUUUUGAGCUACAAGGGUCUUCCAUUUGUGACUGCCUGGGUCGAAUACUCAGACAUCUCGAUCGCUAUGAAGGCCAUCGGUGCAAAGCCAAACAAACGCUCAGACGGCUCGGAUUUUUGCACCGUUCCCGUCCUCAACGACCCCAACACCGGCGCCCUCAUCAGUGACUCCCUCGAAAUUGCCUCCUACCUCGAAAAGACAUAUCCCGAGAAGGCCAUUUUCCCCAACAACUCAGAAUCCUUGAUACGCGAGUUCAACUCCGCCCAUAUCAGACUCAUUCUGCCUGCUGUAAAGUCUAUCUUUGCGCGUUCCACAGAAAUAUUGAGUCCUGCCAGUGCCAAGUUCUUCAUCAAAGUUCGUUCGAUAGACGUCCCGCUGCCUUGGGAUGCGACCUACGAUGAAGACUGGGCCCUACUAGAGAAGGGACACAAUACUAUGUACGAAUGGUACCAGAAGACAGACGGGAAGUGGUUCAUGGGUGACACUUUUUCGUAUACAGACAUCAUCGUAGCUUGUUAUUUGCUGUGGUUCAAACGAGUUCUAAAGGAUAACGAGUGGGUCAGGAUCAGUUCUUGGAAUGGGGGGAAAUGGGCUCAAGUUCUUGCAGACGUUGAGAAGGAGUGCGGAUUAGCGUAGGAGACUGCAUGUACUAUAUAAUUUAUUUCAGAGGCAUUUGAAACAAUGUCGAGUUCCUUCAACAGGUCAACCCAAACUACCAUCAUAGUCACAAAGUGUGCACCACACGUCUGGCUUAGGUCCAUGUUGUAUGGGCCUGGCAGCUGGACCCCCCGAGCCUGAGCUGGCCAGGAUU